CGAGAUGUUUCACCUUCUUUUCAGAGAUUCUGGGCUCAGAUCCUUCUCACAUGUUUUCUGUGAUAUGUUUUUUUUUUUUUUAUCAUACUGUACAUUUAUAAAUGCUCACAAUUUUGCCACUGCUUUACUCUUAAAUGGUGUGGACAUGUAAUCUGUUGUGGCGUUCAUGAGGUAGUUUGAAUUAUCGACUUGUCUUUUAACUUCACACGUCUUAUUCAAUUGGGGAAGUUGCACUUUGACUUUUGAUUUGUAAGGUCAUGGACAUCCUAAUUAAUUAAUGUUAAGGUCAUGAGUGUACUCAAUUUGUUUAUGUUCUAUUUAAUGGAGUAGUAUGGUGUAUACUGCAGAGAGUGAUAAACUGUAAACUUCACUGAGGAAUGUUUACAGUACCCACUGAAAAAUGCUUACGGUAAUCUAUGCUUAAGUCCAGAAAACACCCUUAAGAUAUUCAUGAGGUGGAGUGCACUGCUUAUGUGUAUAGUACAUAAAGGAUAGGUGAUGAAGAAUGACACUAGUAGCUGUUGCGUUGUGUCUGCUCAAUGCUUUGCACAAAUAUGUCUUUGCAGAUGAAAAAUAAUUACUUUAUGUGCUAAUUCUUUAUUUAACUUGCCUGGGGAUCAGAUAAAAAAUUCUGUCAAUCAUCUUUAAAUGUGUCCAGAAACAGAUUUUGUUCAAGAUCACACCAUCACAUAUAUUCAUGUUUGAAAUUACUGAGAUCGAGUUUAGAAUAUGGUGCACAAUGUGUUUUUCAUCGGAUUUCUAUAGGCUUUGUGACAGGCUAUGUGUCUAAUCUCAAUUACAAAUAUACUGGGACAGCAAUAAUAACAUGGCUAUGGUUAUUUUAUAUACUCAUCACAUGCUUUGGAAUUAUGACCUCCUUUCAACAAAAAACAAACGCCUCUUUUUAUGUCUGUUUAGAGUUUAGACCACAAGACAAAUGAUAUUCACCUUAUUUCAAAGAAUACUGCAUUUCAAAAGUAUUCCAGCAGUCGGCGAUAUUUUACCGCAAGUUGAAAACAUUUACGAGCGGUCUACAACCUGCAUUCUGGAGGCAACCAAUCAAAAAGGCGUGUUUUACAGUCAUAAAAACGAACCAGUAGCAGUGUAAGCUUGUAGCUCAAUAAUACACUCGGACCAAUCAAAUCGAAGAUGUGUGUCACUGUUUUCAGUGAGGGGGAGGGUGUGUAAUAUUCAAGUAACUUACGUUGGCUUUUCUCCCAGUUAGUUUGUGGUGUGGGAAUUUCAAUUUUAAAUCUGAGGGGUUGUUGGGAGCUCACUUCAAGAGAACAGCCUGUAAAGUGUUUGCUACUCAACUUGUUUAACAACACCAGGUACCUGCACACGGGUACCAUGACGACAGAGGUGGGAUCUGAGACGGAGGUGAAGAAGGAGCCGGAAAAGGCGGAACAGCCCCCGGCGACCGCUACAGCUCCAGCUCCUGCGCCACAGGAAGAACCCGCCAGCGAGGCCAAGCCAGCGGCCGAACCAGCGGCCGAACCAGCAGCCGAACCAGCGGCCGAACCAGCGGCUGAACCAGCGGCCGAACCAGCGGCCGAAGAGGCAGCAGCAGCAACAGCAGACACCCCAGCCUCUGAGGAGCAGCAGACCUCCGAGAGCGAGCAGGCUAAGGCGGAGGAGAAGAAAGACAAGAAGGAGAAGGACAAGGACAAGGAGGGUGGAGGCAAGGGCAUCUCCCGGUUCCUUCCUCCAUGGCUUAAGAGGUCCAAGUCCCAGAGCCAGGUGGGACCCAAAGAGAACGCACCCAAGGAGGGGAGCGUGGAAGCAGUGAAAGAGGAGGAGGAGGAGAAGAAGGAGAAAGACAAGAAGGAGGACGAGGCGGCGGCAGAGGAGUCCAAGGUCGACGGGGAGCAGCCGGUCCAGGCCUCAACAGCGGACCAGUCCCAGGAGCAGCAGCAGAAGGAGGAGGCCGCAGAGGAGGCUCCGCCCGCAGAGGACGCAAAGGCAGAUAACAACAAGGAGGAGGAGAAGCACUCCAUAGGCAGCGCCGAAACCCAGCCUGCCAAGGAGGAGAAAGGUGAGGACUCCCAGGAGAAGGACGCAGAGGACGCCAAGCCUGAGAACGGAGUGGAGGAGAGUGAGGAGGCCAAGAAGGAGGACGAGCCGACGGACAAGGCCGACACCAACAUCCUCUCCCCGCUGCGGCUCACCAAGAAAAUCAAGAUGGUCAUGUGCCAGGUCACCAUGCUGGACGGCAGCCAGUUCCCCUGUGAGGUGGAGAAACGGGCCAAGGGCCAGUACCUGUUCUUCAAAGUCUGUGAGACCCUCAACUUGCUGGAGAAGGACUACUUCGGCCUGAGCUUCAAAGACAACACAGACCAGACGUGCUGGCUGGACCCUCUGAAGGAGAUGAAACGGCAGAUCCGCAAUGCUCCAUGGAAUUUUUCGUUCAACGUCAAGUUCUACCCUCCGGACCCCUCUCAGCUAACAGAGGACAUAACCAGGUACCUGCUGUGCCUGCAGCUGCGUCAGGACAUCGCGUCGGGCCGCCUGCCGUGCUCGUUCGUGACGCACGCGCUCCUGGGCUCCUACACCCUGCAGGCGGAGCUGGGCGACCACGACCCCGACGAGCACCGCACUGACUACAUCAGCGACUUCCACUUCGCCCCCAGCCAGACCCGCGAGAUGGAGGAGAAGGUGGUGGAGCUCCACAAGUCCCACAGAGGGAUGACUCCAGCUCAAGCAGACACCCAGUUCCUUGAAAACGCCAAGAAGCUCUCCAUGUUCGGCGUGGACCUGCACCAUGCUAAGGACUCUGAGGGGGUGGACAUCAUGUUGGGGGUGUGUGCCAACGGUCUGCUCAUCUACAAAGACCGACUGCGGAUAAACCGCUUCGCCUGGCCAAAAAUCCUCAAGAUCUCCUACAAGCGCAGCAACUUCUACAUCAAAAUCCGGCCGGGGGAGACAGAGCAGUUUGAGAGCACCGUUGGCUUCAAGCUGCCCAACCACCGCGCCGCUAAGAGGCUGUGGAAGGUCUGCGUGGAGAACCACACCUUCUUCAGGUUGAUGACCCCGGAGCAGCCGACCAAGGCCAAGUUCCUCACGCUGGGCUCCAAGUUCCGCUACAGCGGCCGCACCCAGGCCCAGACGAGGCAGGCCAGCUCGCUCAUCGACCGGCCAGCACCCUAUUUCCAGCGCACCUCCAGCAAGCGCAUCUCCCGGAGCUUAGACGGAGCUCCAGUGAUAAGUGUGAUAAGUGAUGGGUCGGGCCCCGAAGGUGGGAAGGAGAACGGUCGAGACCCCGCCCUGGAGCUUUCUUCGGACUCCAAGGAAGACGAGGAGCCCAGUGAUGGAGCUGCUGCCGCCGCAACCACGGCCGCCGCUUCCAACUCCGCCGAGGAGGAUGCAGAUGAGUCGGAGGCCACCUUGAGAAAGAGCAAGUUGAGAGUGCAGGGGGAAAAUAUUUAUGUCAGACAUAGCAAUUUAAUGUUGGAGGACCUGGAUAAGACCCAGGACGAUGUUUUGAAACAUCAGGCUAGCAUUAGCGAGUUAAAGCGCAGCUUUAUGGAAGCCACCCCCGAGCCGCGCCCCAGUCAGUGGGACAAGCGGCUCACCGCCAGUCCCGCCACCAGCCUGCGCCUGCAGGCCCAAGGGAAAUCCCCGCCCCGAAUGGAGACCUUCCUCCCAGAGAGCAAAGACGUCGUCAAGAGUGCAGACGACAAACAGAAAUCAGAGGCUGUCGCCGCGGCGACCGCUGCACAGCCCGUGGUUGAGAUAGAGGAGACGGUAAUCGUCGAGGAGGUCAGGAAAACCCCCAAACCGGCGGCGGCGGCAUCCGAGGUCCUGGAAGUGCAAGCCGUGGCCAGCCAGGAGCCCCAGGAGGCAGCCAAGGUGGCUGUAGAGGAGAAGAAGCCCGCCAUAGAAGCUAGCAUCUCCUCGGACAGCGAGAGCGAAGAGGAGGCCGAGUACCACCCGCAGACCACCAGCGUCUCCGUGGAGCAGAUCAAGGAGGAGCCCGAGGAGGAGCAGGAAGAGGCCGAGCUUAACAAGCAAGAGCCCAGCCCAGAGCCUGAGCCAAUCGCUGUCGCUGAACCCGAGAUCGCCCCCGCCCCUGUCCCUGUCCAGCCGGUUGUUGAAGACGGCACCCCCAACGCCAAAGAAGAAGCUCAGCCGGUGGUGGACGUGGUGGAUGACGGGAUAGUGGAAGAAGAGAUGAUGUUGACCCCGGACGAGGCUCCCAACGGCUAUUCGGCGGAAGACAUGCAGGGCCUGGGCUCACUGGAGGAGGAAGAGCAGGAGCCGCGGAUGAACGGAGACGCGUCUCACGUGGAGACUGAGCACCUCCCGCAGGUUAUUUGUUGCUCUGAGCCCCCGGUGGUGAAGACCGAAAUGGUCACCAUCUCGGACACGUUUGCGGCCCAGAAGACCGAGAUCGCCACCAAGGAGGUUCCCAUCGUCCACACAGAGACCAAGACCAUCACGUACGAGGCAGCGCAGUUGGACGGUAGUGGGGACGGAGAGCCUGGCGUUCUGAUGACCGCCCAGACCAUCACCUCGGAGUCUUUGUGCACAACCACCACCACACACAUCACCAAGACACUAAAAGGAGGGCUGUCGGAGACCCGGAUUGAGAAGCGCAUCGUCAUCACCGGUGACUCGGACAUUGACCAUGAUCAGGCCCUGGCGCAGGCCAUAAAGGAAGCCAAAGAGCAGCACCCCGACAUGUCAGUGACGCGGGUGGUGGUCCACAAAGAGACAGAGCUAGCCGAGGACGAGGACUGAGAGCAACAGAGUUGAAGAAUUCCAACCACCCCCAUCCCGCCCCAACCCCCAGCAGUGAUACCGUUCUGGAGUAAGAUGGAGAGCGACUUCCUGGAUACUGUGGAGAGAGGAAUGAGAUGCCGAGCUGACCUGUCUGUGCGUUGCACACUUUCAUCUGUCGAUUUUUAUUUUUAAUCAUUCUGAAACAAAAACCACUUAGCUAACAUUCGUAGCGUGUUUUUAUUUUCUAGUGCUACCCCAACCACCCAACCUUCUUCCUUUUUAUUUUCAAAAGAGUCUACCAUUAUAAAAGCCAGAUAGGGUUUUACGUAAGUGGUUAUUUUUUAUUGUUGUAGUAUUCACCACAUUCCUAGUGUGUACAGUGUGGGGGGGUCAUGUAUUGAAGGGGAAACAAACAAAACAAAACAAAAAAACACUAAAAAAAUACAAACGAAACAGCAUUUUUACAAUUCAUCGCUGGAUUCACAAUGUUGGACUUGUUUUUUUGUUUUUUUUUGAGUGAUUGAGCUGACAAGCUAGCUUUGGACUUGGUUUGGUACAGUAUGGUAUUUUUUGUUGGGCCAAGCAAUUUUUGUAUCUUUUUUUGGGGGGGGGGGGGGGGGGGUUGGAUUGAGUUAAGAGGGGGGAGAGGGACACAAAAACAUAACUUCCUGAACAUUUCAGUCAUUGGUGUGUUUCCAAGGGACCAGUUAAAAGGACGGAGCACUGUGUCAUUUUGUACAUUUGCACUACAGUGCCAACAACAUUAUCUUUCUAUGCAGUUGAGGAAAAAAACGCUUAAAAAACAUUCCACAUCAGGGAGGUGCUUCCACAACUACCUCCCUCUGAAACAAAACAAUAACAAGUAAUUGUUUGAAAAAAAUGAUGGGGGAAAAAAAAUCACGAAACAAAAUUAGGCAGCUUGGAAACUUUUUUGCUUUUUCUGUAAUUCUCUGGCUUCUUUAAUCAGAUAUAUAUUUGUAGAUUUUUUUUUCCUUUUUUUUUUUUUUUUUAUCUUUUAAACUGUCUUUAUCUGUAAAACCAAUUUAGAUGUCAAUGAGAUGGGUUUGUUUUUCCUCUUAAAUAUUUUUAAUAUAUUUCGUGGGGAUCUUUUUUGACUAAAUGAAUUAGCGACACACACAACAAAAAAUGAAUCACCAGUCUCAAUCUUUUACAUGUAGAUACCAGAGCUAGCUUCCCUUCUCUGCUUUUGCGCUCUUUGCUAUCUGAAAUGGAGGAAAAAAAGAAAACACACCUUCAACGGUGACAACUUGCUCUUUGGACCCUGUGUAUAGCAGAUGAUAGUUGGAGUUUAGCAGCUUGAAAGAAAACAUUUGUGUUUUUCGUGUUUUUACCCUUCUUCCACAAGCCCAUGCCCUCAAAUUCAGUGUAACACUGUUCAAAAUAAAAGUUUGUUUAUUCUCUAAA